ACCGAUAUCGAGCCUACGCUCGCGGAAAUAUAACAAGUGACUGUUUAGCGUCCCGUCAGAAUCGGCGCGCAGAAGAGGUUGCCUUCUGCGAGAAUGCCUCAAAUCAUGGCAGAGGCGUUCGCGAGAGGAUUGCUAGACAAGAUAAUGGUAGAAGUUCUGGACGUUGUAGAACGCGACGCGGAGGAUGGUAAAUCCUGGGAACAGGACGUCAAUGAGGAAACAGGCGAUGCUCAACAGGAAUACGUACACGGUAGACCGCAAGCAAACGAACAUGCACACAUAAAUUAUAGCAUGGCCGACGAAAUAGAACUGAUCGCGAAGAUAGUUCGCGAUUUGCGCGACAUACGCAUCGGAGAUUCACGUUAUGUACUUCCGCCUUCAUUGUUAGCGUUGGAGAAGCAGGUGAAGUGCGACGUGUGCAACGUCGACGAUGCGGCGCCGCUCACGAAUCCAGCGACUGACGACGUCGUCGAAGCUCAGCGCACGACCCGAGGUCAAGGCGACACGCACCAGAUUGUACACGCGGCGACUCUCGAAUCGCCGACGGAGUCGGUGAAGUUAAUUCGGAGGAAGAAGGAGGGAGAAGCGACCAACGAGGCGACCAACGUGACCCGCGGUUUGCUGCAACAACUGAUUGAAGAUCUGGAGAACAAAGUUUCAAUGCGCUCCGAGGACGCUACUUUGGAGUCGGUCAGCAAGGAACGCAUUGCCGUUUGGGAGGAAAAGCAGGAGCGGUUCGUUAGGACUAUCGAGGACAAUGCUGAUGGCAGAAGCGAGACUUUGACGGAAUUUCUUCGAUAUUACGGCGAUUCGAUCGCCCGCUUCCGCGCUAUCGAACGGAAGCACGACGAGGAAGAACUGAGAUCUCACUCGGGUCUUCUUCGAGAUUGUAGCUUUAGUUCGAUCGGCCGCUCCCGCGUCAUCGAACUGAAGCACGAUGAGGAAGAAUUGAGAUCUCACUCGAGUCAACACGUGGCGUCCACCUCGAGGGAAAUCGGUCUCGAGGACGUUCAAAUCGAGAAACGUGGAUCGAAUUCGUUGUCGUCGUUGAAAUUAUCGCGCGAUGAUGGCGCCAAAACCGUAGAUCAGAUACUACCCGUCGACGACGCAGAGAAGCGAAAAACGUUCAACGAGGCGACAACGAGGAAGAAGAAGAAGAAAGGCUUUGGCAGCCGGCUAAAGAAAUUUUUCCGCACCACUUUCGGCCGCCGGAAGAAUUGAUGCUGAGUUCCGGAAGGAAUGCUACCUCGCGAUCUAACGGCCGCGAUUUCCCUUCGUUUGCUCGUACAGCAGCUUUUUAGUCAUGUAUUUUUUUUUUAGAGGGAAACACGUCCACGAAUACACAGCGAGUAAAAAUAACCGAUAGCGUAGUUAGUCAUCGACCGCGGGUCCCCGCAACUUCAGCGUUCAAUAUGACUGCGAUGGCGACGCGUGAAUCAGACUCUAUACAUUUCUAGAUGCUAAUCGCUGCAAGCAUUGUACACGAACCCGCAAAAUUCUGUAAAAUAUAUAACGUCUGAUGAUCUCA